AAAGAAACCUGAGUGGUAUGUGAGAGAAGUGGUUUCAUUUUAACAGCUGACCUCAAGAGAACGAUAUGCCUGUUUCCCCAGUUCAUUUUAUCUUCAUCUUUCUACUCUACCAGCUCACAGGGUCAGCAGCCUCUAGAGCCCUGAAGGAGCUGGUUGGUGCCCUUGGUGGGUCUGUGACUUUCCCUCUGACACACUCAAUAAAUUCGAUUGACAGCAUUGUCUGGACUUUUAACACAACUACUCUUAUCACCAUACAGCCAAAAACAGCAAACAAUCAAGAUACUGUCAUAGUAACUCAAAAUCAUAACAAGAAAAGGGUGGAGUUCCCACAUGGAAACUACUCCCUGAAGCUCAGCAAACUGAAUAAGAAUGACUCAGGUGCCUAUCAUGUACAGAUAUACAGUUCAUCCCUCCAGCAUCCCUUCACCCAGAAUUAUGAGCUGCGUGUCUAUGAGCACCUAUCAAAACCCAAAAUUACCAUGGGUCUGCAGAACAAUAAGAAUGGCACCUGCAUGACCAAUCUGACAUGUUCCAUGGAACAAGGAGGAGAGGAUGUAACUUACAGCUGGAAGUCCUUGGGGCAGACAACCAAUGAGUCCCAUCAUGGUUCCAUCCUCCCCAUAUCCUGGAGGCUGGGGGAAAAGGAUGUGACCUUCGUCUGCAUGGCCAGGAACCCUAUUAGCAGCAACUCUUCAAACCCCAUCUUCGCCCGGAAGCUCUGUGAAGGUGUUGUUGGUGACCUAUAUUCCACCAUGGCCCUGAAAUUCUUGUGGAUUUUCUUACUUCUCAGUGUCCUUGUACUGGUGACAAUUAUUUUCAUUACAUGGAGACAAAACAGAAAAGUUACAGAGUCCAUUGAAGAGAAGAAAAUGGACACUCAUCAGGAAAUUCCUAACUACUAUCCCCCAUCUGGAGAGACCUCAGAGUAUGAUACAAUCUCUAACCUUAAUAAAACAAUUCCAGAAGAAAAUUCUGUAAAUACAGUUUAUUCUGUGGUACAAUUACCCCAAAAGAUGGAGAAAACUCACUCACUGCCUGCAUCGCCAGAAACACCAAGGCAAUUUAUCUAUAAGAAUGUCAUCUAAAUAGUAGUGUACUCCCUCUUAUCUCACCCCAAAGAAAGUAGUCAAAAGAAUUCACAGAACUGACAAGAAAUAUUGAGGAAGAUUGAAGAACAUUGACUUCCUUCCAGGAUAACUGUUGUUUCUGCUCCACUGUUGAGAAAUCUCCUCAAACUCAGAAUAUGUAACUAUGUCUUCCUGGAUAUGUGAUUGUUAAUUUAUCAGCCAAUCUCAGGCAAGGAGCUUAGAAGUGUCUCUUUUGAAAUGUCAGUGCAGUAUCACACAAAUGAAUGAUCGCUUCAUCCCAGGGCUUGGAAGUCAGGAAUAUUCCAAGGGUCUGAUUGUCAAGAGGGCAAGAAUAUCAAAACAAGCAGAUGUUCUCAGCAGACAUAACAGCCAGAAAUAGAUUUAUUAAUCAAUUAAUUUAGUAUGUGCCUGACACUGUGCUGAGCUUACACAGAUUUUGGCCAAUCAUGCUCUCUGCUCUUGUGAAAUUUGUCCCUCGUGGACUAUUGCUGUGGGCAGUCACAGCAGGCCUGACCACAGAUUCCCAGCACCCAGGGAGUCAGGUGUGGAUCCACAGGGCUUGGGGCUCAAAGCACAGAGAAGCCAGAUGGAAGACUAGAUUUGGAAACUCAGAAGUGUGCCUGACCCAAGGACGAGGACCACCGUUCCAGUUUCAUUUAUACUCUAUGCUGCAAGUGAGAAGCCCAUUUCAGUUGAGAAACUGAGCCUGGAGACACAUUACAAAUUCAUUAUUGGGGACUUAGAGUCAGGGUGUGGUCACUUGGAAACCUUUAAAGUUGAUAAAUUAAUUCAACCAAUAUAUAUAUUGAGAACCUCUGAGUCAGUCUGGCAAAGAAAGGUAGACAUCAAAAGAAGGGUUUACUUUCUUUUGAAUGAAAUGAAAAGCCUGGGGUAAAGGAGUGUUGGUUUUGAUGUGAUCCUGGAUACAAAUCUUAAAUGAAAAUGUUGGGAAGAGAUGUGAUGUCCCAGGUCUGGGGGUAUGAAAUGUCAAAUAACAGCCAAAAAAUUUUGAUUUGAUGUCUUUCAUACAAGGGAAAACUAUCCAUGGAUUGGGGCAGUACUGUGCCUCACAAGCAGUGGAACACUCUUUUCAAGGAAUUCUGGGCAAGAAUGAGUUUUAUAGAGCAUUAGAAGAAGGGAAGAGAAAAAAAGGCAGGCUGACUAAGAAGUUGAUGAUUCCUCAUCAGGCAGUGGGUCCAGUCUUCUAAGGUAAAGUGAGGUGGCUAGAGCUUAGUGGAUUGUGAUUGGUGUACAUUCAAUUUCCUUGACAGGCAUUUCCUGUUAUAUUCAGGCCGACUUAGGUUUGCAUUAAGUUUAGAUUUGGGUUGGGCCACGGGAGCAAUCUCCAUUUUGUGGGUCUUGAUAUACCAGUUAACUUAUCUGAAGUAAGGUGCAGAAAUGUGUGUUAACACUUGUGAAAAGAGAAAAUAUCUGAUAAAAAAAGACAUUCGUAUAUAAUACAGUCAAGGUAAUGAAUAAUAGAGCUUUAAGAAAAAAAAUAAGAAGAAAGGGACCAAAAGAACAGUCUGAAGCUGCUGAUUUGAGAGGAAAUGAAUGUAAGAAGAGACAGUUCAUUAAUUCUAAGGAACCUGGAGGAGAGCUGGUCUGGCCUCCACAUGGAGCUGUGCAGGUGUAGGAAAGAAAAAUAAUUUUCCCUCUAACCAUCAGGUUCUUUGCUGAGACACCCCUGUAAUAAAAAGACACAUUAACAAGAGUAAAACAAACAUGUUUAAAUAUGUGUACAUGGAAGAUAACCAGGAAAACUGAGUAACUCCUCAAAGUGGCCAUCAGUUUAAAUAUCAUCUACAGCUAAAGACAAAAUAAGAUGUUGGGGUUGGUGGGCAGUUAUGGGAGGUUAACAGCAAAACUCAGUAACUCAGGGCAAGGUUGUUAUGCAGAUUUAAGUCAUCUUCUUCUCCAUCAAUAGGAAGUUUAUAAGGAUUUAUUCAUCCUGCUCUUAUUGGUCCAGAGAAGGAAGCCCCAUAAUGAAUGGAGAUCUUCCAUAUAAAUGUUAAUAUCUCCUACAAAAGGGUAACUUAUGCUCACUUUCAGGGCUUUUCUUUGUCUAUUGUUUUUUUAAAGAUUUUAUUUAUUUAUUUUUUAGAGAGGGAAGGGAGGGAGAGAGAGAAACAUCGAUGUGCGGUUGCUGGGGGCCAUGGCCU